ACCUAAAAUAAUACGAGGGGGCCUAUUUUGAUCGGAGGCAAAUAUUAGGGGUAAAAACGUACAUUCUCCCAACAAUAAAGUCAACACCAGCCUGAAAAACUCCCUUUUAGCUCUUAAAGCUCAGGCGGUGCGCACGAACAAUAUCAAUCAUCAAGAUAACCUUUUCAGCCAGUUUCUUGAGAAAGAUGGUAGAUCUAGUUGACUUAGAAUCGAGAAGAGUUUUCCAUGUGGUGGCUAUGCCUUAUCCUGGUAGAGGCCACAUCAACCCCAUGAUAAAUUUCUGCAAGUUAUUAGUUUCAAGAAAACCUGAUAUUCUCAUUACCUUUAUUAUCACUGAAGAAUGGCUUGCCUACAUUAGCACUCAUCCAAAACCUGAUGCUAUACGCAUCGCCACUGUGCCUAAUGUCCUUCCAUCAGAGCGUGACAGGGCUCUUGAUUUUCCUGGAUAUUAUGAAGCUGUUAUGACAAAGAUGGAAGCUCCUUUUGAGCAGCUUCUUGAUCACCUUGAACCACCUGUGACUGCUAUAAUUGGUGACAUUGAACUGCGGUGCGCUAUUGACUUGGGGAAUAGGAGGAAUAUUCCAGUGGCUGCUCUUUGGACUAUGCCAGCAACGUUCUUCUCAAUCCUGCAUCAUUUUCAUCUCUUCGCACAAAAUCAGGAUUCCCCUAUUGAUUUACUAGUCGAAACUGCAGAAAACAUCCCAGGGAUCUCUUCAUCAAAUUUGGCAGAGCUUCGAGCAAUCUUCCGUAGGAAUGAUUUAAGAGUCUUGCAGCUUGCUCUGGAAUGCAUUUCAAAGGUGCAUAAAGCACGGUAUCUUCUGUUCACCUCUGUAUAUGAGCUUGAAGCCAAAGCCAUAGACACUCUUAAAGCAACUUUUCCAUUUCCUGUCUAUUCCAUUGGCCCUGCUAUACCUUAUUUACAACUGGAAGCCAGUUCCUCUGGAGCCAAUUACAGUCAUAACAGUCCUGACUAUCAAAAAUGGCUGGACUGCCAACCUGAAGGUUCCGUUCUGUACAUCUCAUUGGGAAGUUUCCUCUCUGUUUCAAGAACCCAAAUGGAUGAAAUGGUUGCUGGCCUUCAAGAUUGCAGUGUGCGGUACUUGUGGGUGGCCCGUGAAGAAGCUUACAGGUUGAAGGAGAUAUGCAGUGAUAAGGGACUAGUACUGCCCUGGUGUGAUCAAUUGAAGGUGUUGUGCCAUCCUUCUGUUGGGGGGUUUUGGACACAUUGUGGGUGGAAUUCUACUCUAGAAGCGAUAUUCGCAGGCGUGCCAAUGCUUACUUUCCCUCUAUUUUUGGAUCAACAUUCAAACAGCAGGCAAAUUGUGGACGAAUGGAGAAUUGGUUGGAAAGUUCAGGAAGAAAUGAGGGAAGAACAUUUAGUGAUCAGAGAAGAAAUUUCUCAACUUGUCCAACAAUUUAUGGAUUUGGAAAGCAGUGAAAGAAAAGGAAUGAGCAGGAGAGCCAAACAACUGAAGAGUAUCUGUCACCUAGCUAUUGCUGAAGGGGGAUCGUCUGUGAAAAAUACUGAUGCAUUUAUUGGGAAUAUUUUGCAAGAGAUCUGCGUGUAACCUGUUUCACUCUAUUUUUUUUGGAAUGUAAGUUUGCCUACAUAUCAUUACUCUUCAUCUCU